CCUGCUGGCCCUGGGGGAGGCCGAGCCUCUGGUGGCGCGCUGCCCGCCUUGCCUGCGCCUGCUGCGAGAGGCCCGCGACUUCCAGGCGGCGCGCUACGACCGGCACGACCGCGGGCCCUGCCCCCGCAUGCGUCCGCGCCCGUCCACCGGCCUAGCCGAGAUCCUGGUGCUGGUGGGAGGUUGCGACCAGGACUGCGACGAGUUGGUCACGGUCGACUGCUACAAUCCUCAGACGGGCCAGUGGCGCUACCUGGCCGAGUUCCCUGACCACUUAGGCGGGGGCUACAGUAUCGUGGCACUGGGCAACGACAUCUACGUAACGGGCGGGUCUGAUGGCUCCCGGCUCUAUGACUGUGUGUGGAGAUACAACUCAAGUGUGAACGAGUGGACGGAGGUGGCUCCCAUGCUCAAGGCACGAGAGUACCACAGCUCUUCUGUGCUGGACGGGCUCCUGUACGUGGUGGCAUCCGACAGCACAGAGCGCUAUGACCAUGCCAGCGACUCCUGGGAGGCCCUGCAGCCCAUGGCCUACCCCAUGGACAACUGCUCUACCACUGCCUGCCGAGGCCGGCUCUACGCCAUUGGCUCCCUGGCAGGCAAGGAGACCAUGGUGAUACAAUGCUAUGACCCGGAUGCUGACCUAUGGUCACUGGUGGACUGUGGCCAGCUCCCACCUUGGUCCUUUGCACCCAAGACUGUGACCCUGAAUGGACUCAUGUACUUCGUCAGGGAUGACUCUGCCGAGGUGGACGUAUACAACCCCACAAAGAAUGAAUGGGACAAGAUCCCAUCUAUGAAUCAGGUACAUGUUGGGGGCAGCCUGGCCGUCCUGGGAGGCAAGCUUUAUGUCUCUGGGGGAUAUGACAAUACAUUUGAACUCUCCGACGUGGUGGAGGCAUAUGACCCAGAGACCCGGGCAUGGAGUGUGGUGGGACGGCUUCCAGAGCCCACUUUCUGGCACGGCAGUGUGAGCAUCUUCCGCCAGUUCAUGCCACAGACACCAUCAGGGGGCCGUGGCUUUGAGCUGAACAGUGGCAGUGACGACAUGGAUGCAGGCCGCCUCAGGCCGCCACAGAACCCUGACGAGCUGCACUAGCCCAGGCCUGGCCCAAGAGAGGGCCCUGGUGCAAGGGGCCUGGCACCUGCAGAGGACUGGCUUCUCCUUUUUGCACAGGAUGGGUCACCAAGCACAGCAGUGGCUCAUUAGGUGCUGAGAGAGCCCCUAGAUGCUUCACGUGAGGGUUUCUGUACUUUCGGAGCCUAUGUCACAGCCUCUAGGGACAAAGCUGGUGGUGACCUGUAUGGUCAAGAACCAGUGACUUCCCCACCGUUCUGUAUCUCCGCCUUCCGGAAGUUACCUCCAGCUUGUAGCAUCCAACUCACCAUGCAGUGUGCCUUUCCUUGCUGCCCCCUCCUGGGCCUGCUUGAUCCCAGAGCAGAAGGCAAGGGUCCCUGUGACAGGAAGUGGAACACUGGGGACCCAGGAAGACAAAGGCACUAAACUCCUCAUCUAGGACGAAGGUUCGCUGUAGCUAAUGCUGCUCCAGGGGGUGUCAGCUCACCUAGCUUUGCACGUCUGUUGGGGUCUCACCCCACGGGGUAGACUUUCAAGUACUGAGUUGGCAGAUUAAGCCACACUGUGAGCUUGAAAGGUUUUGUUUCCAGAGUACAUGCUCUCACCUGGCCAGGAGGCUCUCCCUGGCUUUCCCUGGGGCUCUGUCUCAAACCUGCAGAGGCAAGGCUGGGGGACAUGACAAA